CUAGCCCUCGCCUUUACUAACUCGACACCAAUCCGUUUCUCCAUUUUCUCGAACCCCCCCACCGGCAUCGCCUCCCUCCACUCCUUCCAUUCGUCUGCUGUGCUCCUGCUCAUCAGGCCACCAGUGGAAAGGAUGAUCGGUUUAAAGACCCCACCAGUGACUUUCGGAGCGUUCUUCGAGACGACCUGACCCACCUUGUCGAGCCAGUUAGGGGGUUAUAGAGGUUGCAUUUUUCGUUGUUUAAUUUAUUGGGUUGUCGUGUGGGUUGCCCGAAUUAAAGAAACUACUUAAAUAAACAACUUUUUAAAGAAAAGAAAAAAUAAUCCAACCUCCUCUUCCUCACAAGACCAGCGUCCUCGCUUUUGCUUUGACCAACUCGACACCAAUUCGCUUCUCCAUCCUCUCAAACGCACCCGCCGGCAUCGCCUCCCUCCCAGUCCUGCCACUCAUCGGCUGUGCUCCUGCUCACCAGGCCACCAGUGGAUAAGAUGAUCGGUUUGAAAACCCCACCAGUGACCUUUGGAGCGUUCUUCGAGACGACCUGGCCCACCUUGUCGAGCCAGUUCACGCACCGAUCCAGGCAGAAGUCGGCCAGCUUGCUGUUGGGGGAGCUGGGGGGGACAGUGCUUCGAGCAUCGCGGUCGCCGAGGGCGUAAACCUUCAGGUCGUAGUCAGCGAAGGCUAAAGCGCUAGGUCCUCUGACCCGAAGGUCGUUUCUCCUUUGUCCUGACAGCGUGUGAGGCUCGAUCUCGACAGUGGCACCUUGAAUUUGCUUGAGGUGCUGGAAGAUGACACGGUUGAUGGCGUUGCCGCAGGGAAUGGCCAACCUGCGUUGGAAGUGCCGGUCCCAUCCCCAUCUCCCCCAGCACUUCCAGAGACGACAGUGUGCAAUUCGGUUUUCGACUUCAUCCGCAGGAAGUACCCUGGCCCCCAAGAAAUGCAGGAACUGCUGCGAAGUUUCAAGGAAAGGGGGAUUCAAAUCCCUUGUCCUGUGGGCGGUCCUGGGGAAGGACACGAGUUACGGAAUGCUGGAGGGAAGGCAAGGUUCCGGUUGCGAUGCAAGUUCCGGAAGUGUAAAACUUCAAUGGAGCUUGUACCAUCACCGUACUGGAUAAAAACCUUGAUUGAGGAAGGCCGUCUGUGCCGCUCACCAUGGAGCAAUUCUACGCAUUCGGUCUUUCUGAUCGCCCAGGCUAUGAAGCACUGCUCUUCAUUGUGGGCCUCUCUUUCAAGAGCCGACAAUAGACGCUUGGGUUCAAGUGUAACCGGACCGAGUCCGAUGGACGCGACGGAGAGAGAAAAUAUAUACAAUACCGAGUAGAUAGACUUUGU